AUGCAGAACAUCCGUAAUGAACAACAUCCCAACACCAACUUCAAAAUCUGGCAACAAAAUCUAUGCAAAUCCUCUACCGCCUGGGAGCACAUGCUCCAAAACCUCAACCCCAAUACCUACGAUCUCGCAUGCAUCCAGGAGCCAUUCCUCAACCCAGUAGGUCUCGCUAACGCUUCCAAUCUUAGACAAUACUGGGACGUCAUAUACCCCACCAAUCACCACUCAAACCCAGAACGAUCGCAAUCCAUCCUACUCGUCAACAAAAAACUAUCCAAAAACAACUGGCAUAUUGUACCACUUGACUCUCCCAACAUCACCGCAAUUGAACUAAACGGAAACUUCGGAAAGGUGCGUAUAUACAAUAUCUACAAUGCCUGCGACCAUUCGCGAAUGCUC